AAACUCGGAUCCUUCUUAUCUCCCGCUCGUUCCCUUCCCCCUCUCCCUCCCAUCCACACAGUGAAUCCACCAGAUGGCGCUCACCGUGAGCAGCGGCGGCAUNGGAGCCGGUAUCCGCUGCGUCAACCUUACCCACGGCUCCCGUACACCCUCCACUGCGUUCCGACACGUGACCUCCACGUGGCCUCCGCCGCCAAGAAGGUCUCCCAGACCGGCCUGUUCGACAGCAAGAAACGCCGGAGCCUCGUCAAUGGGAUGCUCUCGGCUUUCGGAAUCGUUUUCGCGUUGAUUUCCGGUGGAAUAAUAGCGGUGGCGACGUAUAACGAAGGAGCGAGGGAUUUCAAAGAGACACCAGUUUACAAAGAAGCGAUUCAGUCUCGGGACCUGAUUGAUGAAGCAGACAGUUCGAGUUCUGAAGAAGUGUUCGAAUCCAAUCCGACAGAAGUGGCGCCUACUUUGGAGUAGUUCAGUUCGGAUUCAGUUCCAAUAACUUCGCUGUAACUAAUGGUGUUUCCACCGGAACAACUGAGUUUGUGUGUUCAUAUGUUACAGAACCAAACUGAAGCAGCUCUCAAGAUACCUGAGUAAAAGAGAUUACUGUUCUUGCCUUCGUUUUUUUUUUUUUUUUUGGGUUGAAUUCCAUUGCCUUGGUUAUUGUACACAAAGGAAGUUUUUCUUGAUCAAGAUCAUGAAGUUUAGAGCU